GCUGGCUGUCCCCGCCCCCUGCCGGUGUCGGCCCCUUUAACUCUCGGCCUACGUGGCAGGCCAGGCAGUGAGCAGCGCUCUCCGGGGAGGGGCCCACACUCAGCCCGACGGAGGAGGGGAGAGCCGGCAGCAGCAUCACCCGCAGCAUGGGCACCAACAGCGACCUCAUGGGGACCGCCGAGGACUUCGCGGAUCAGGUGAGAACCCGGAGGCCACAGCCAGGGGCCACAACAUAACCAGGGGCCACAGCCAGUGUAACCAGGGGCCACAGCCAGACAGUGUAACCAGGGGCCACAGCCAGACAGUGUAACCAGGGGCCACAACAUAGCAUGGGGCCACAACAUAACCAGGGGCCACAGCCAGUGUAACCAGGGGCCACAGCCAGACAGUGUAACCAGGGGCCACAGCCAGACAGUGUAACCAGGGGCCACAGCCAGACAGAGUAACCAGGGGCCACAGCCAGACAGUGUAACCAGGGGCCACAGCCAGACAGUGUAACCAGGGGCCACAGCCAGACAGUGUAACCAGGGAAAUACAGCCAGACAGUAAACCAGGGGCCACAACAUAACCAGGGGCCACAGCCAGACAGUGUAACCAGGGGCCACAGCCAGACAGGGUAACCAGGGGCCACAGCCAGACAGGGUAUCCAGGGGCCACAGCCAGACAGUGUAACCAGGGGCCACAACAUAGCAUGGGGCCACAACAUAACCAGGGGCCACAGCCAGUGUAACCAGGGGCCACAGCCAGACAGUGUAACCAGGGGCCACAGCCAGACAGUGUAACCAGGGGCCACAGCCAGACAGAGUAACCAGGGGCCACAGCCGAACUUGGUGUAACCAGGGGCCACAGCCAGACAGUGUAACCGGGCCACAGCCAGACAGUGUAACCAGGGGCCACAGCCAGACAGUGUAACCAGGGGCCACAGCCGAACCCAAUUGUAACCAGGGCCACAGCCAGGCAAUUGUAACCAGGGGCCACAACAUAACCAGGGCCACAGCCAGACAGUGUAACCAGGGGGCCACAGCCAGACAGGGCAACCAGGGGCCACAGCCAGGCAAGUAUCCAGGAGGCCACAGCCAGACAGUGUAACCAGGGGCCACAACAUAUGGGGCACAACAUAACCAGGAGGCCACAGCCAGACAGUGUAACCAGGGGCCACAGCCAGGCAAUUGUAACCAGGGGCACAACAACAUAGCAUGGGGCCACAACGCAACAGGGGCCACAGCCAGCAGGUGUAACCAGGGGCCACAGCCAGACAGUGUAACCAGGGGCCACAGCCAGACAGUGUAACCAGGGGCCACAGCCAGACAGUGUAACCAGGGGCCACAACAUAGCAUGGGGCCACAACAUAGCAUGGGGCCACAACAUAGCAUGGGGCCACAACAUAGCAUGGGGCCACAACAUAACCAGGGGCCACAGCCAGUGUAACCAGGGGCCACAGCCAGUGUAACCAGGGGCCACAGCCAGUGUAACCAGGGGCCACAGCCAGUGUAACCAGGGGCCACAGACUGUGUAACCAGGGGCCACAACAUAGCAUGGGGCCACAGACUGUGUAACCAGGGGCCACAACAUAACCCAGGGGCCACAGCCAGUGUAACCAGGGGCCACAGCCAGUGUAACCAGGGGCCACAGCCAGUGUAACCAGGGGCCACAGCCAGUGUAACCAGGGGCCACAGCCAGACAGUGUAACCAGGGGCCACAGCCAGACAGUGUAACCAGGGGCCACAGCCAGACAGUGUAACCAGGGGCCACAGACUGUGUAACCAGGGGCCACAACAUAGCAUGGGGCCACAGACUGUGUAACCAGGGGCCACAACAUAGCAUGGGGCCACAGACUGUGUAACCAGGGGCCACAACAUAGCAUGGGGCCACAGACUGUGUAACCAGGGGCCACAGCCAGCCAGUGUAACCAGGGGCCACAGCCAGCCAGUGUAACCAGGGGCCACAGCCAGCCAGUGUAACCAGGGGCCACAGCCAGCCAGUGUAACCAGGGGCCACAGCCAGCCAGUGUAACCAGGGGCCACAGCCAGCCAGUGUAACCAGGGGCCACAACAUAACCAGGGGCCACAGCCAGACAGUGUAACCAGGGGCCACAACCAGACAGUGUGACCAGGGGCCACAGCCAGGGGCAGACGCUGUGUGACCAGGGGCCACAGCCAGGGGCAGACGCUGUGUGACCAGGGGCCACAGCCAGGGGCAGACGCUGUGUGACCAGGGGCCACAGCCAGGGGCAGACGCUGUGUGACCAGGGGCCACAGCCAGGGGCCACAGCCAGGGGCAGACGCUGUGUGACCAGGGGCAGACACUGUGUGACCAGGGGCAGGCAGUGUUCCCAGGGGCAGGCAGGUGGACCCAGCCAUCCAUGACACUCUCCACAGACCGCACUGUACCCACAAUCAGGGGUCCAGUUAUGGCAUCAUCCAUGACACCUUCCACAGACAGCAAUGUACCCAGGAGCCACAGUCAGGGGCCCAGCUGUAGACUGACAGUGUACCCAGGGAUCAGCCAUCCAUAACACUCUCCACAGACCGCAAUGUAUCCAGGAAACCGGCCAUUGCACUCUCCACAGACAGCACUGUACCGAGGGACCAGCCAUAGACAGGGUCCACAACCAUGGCAUCAUACUCCGUACUAUACCCAGCCAUAGCACCAUACUCUGCACUGUACCCAGGAACCCAGCCAUGGCACUGUACUCUGCACUGUACCCAGCCAUGGCAUCAUACUCAGUACUAUACCCAGCCAUAGCACCAUACUCUGCACUGUCCCCAGCCAUGGCACUAUACUCUGCACUGUACCCAGGAAACCAGCCAUCCAUAACACUCUCCACAGACCGCACUGUACCCAGGAAACCAGCCAUCCAUGACACUCUCCACAGAACGCACUGUACCCAGGAACCCAGCCAUCCAUGACACUCUCCACAGACCGCAAUGUAUCCAGGAAACCGGCCAUGGCACUCUCCACAGACAGCACUGUACCAAGGGACCAGCCAUAGACAGGGUCCACAACCAUGGCUUCAUACUCAGUAUUGUACCCAGCCAUAGCACCAUACUCGGCACUGUACCCAGGGACCCAGCCAUGGCACUAUACUCUGCCCUGUACCCAGCCAUGGCACCACAGAGAGCCCUGUACCCAGCCAUGACACCACAGAGAGCACUGCACCCAGCCAUGAUACUAUAGAGAGCACUGUACCCAGGGACCCAUCCAUGGCACCACAGACAUACAUUAUUCCCAUGGUGCAACUGAAUCCCCAUUUUUGUGUGUGCGUUGUUCAUUCAUCUGUAUUUUGUAUACAUUUUUUGUCUCUAAGGCAGCCCAAAUCCCUCUGUCCCUCUUUCUACCCCAAUGUCCCUCCUUUCUAGGAGAUCCAUAUUGUUGGUGUGUCUGGGUGUACAAUAGAGCUGCAAAGCAAAGUGUCUUUAAACUACAAUAAAUGUGUUUAGAAAUCAGUCUGUGGAAAUGGGACACACUGUUCUUGUUAUAAAUCACUUUUUAGUUGUAUAAAUUAAGUCAUAGCCCCGCCCCUGGCCACACCUCCACUCACACCCCUAAAAUUAAAGAAUCUCUCUUUGUCCAUUUGAAAUGUUGGGAGAUAUGAAACCUGUACCCAGCCAUGGCUUCCUCGACAGACCGGUUAUCCAUGGCCGUCUCCUUUGCCUGGCGAGGCUACUUGCAUCCAGCCAGUCCUCAUGCACUUAUCUAUUCCUAGCUGAACCUGGGCACGGCCCACCAGUCUGACACUGGGUACCGUCUCGGGCACGGCCCACCAGUCUGACACUGGGUACAGGCUUGGGUUCGGCCCCACACUCUGUACCAACCCUGGGCAAGGCCCCAAAGCCUCACACUCUGUACAUAUAUCUGAAGCCCAGGCCUGAUCUUCACUCACAUGGGCCUAGUGUACUCUUUCCAACUUGUACCCAGAUCUAUUAUAUAAGAUUUGCACUGAUCUGGGCACCACAAGACAUUACAUAAACGGCCAUUCUUCAAGGAGUGGCACAGUCAAACUUGGUGCAGGGGCCGGCUCUGUAUCAAGCUGGGCACGGUGAUACAUGGCGUGGGGGGCGGUUCUGUAUAAAGCUGGGCAUGGUGAUACCUGGCGCAGGGGCCGGCUCCAGAAGCUGGGCACAGUGAUGCGGGGGGGCGGUUCUGUGUAAAGCUGGGCACGGUGAUACCUGGUGUGGGGGCAGGUUCUGUAUAAAGCUGGGCACGGUGAUACCUGGCGCAGGAGCCGGCUUAGUAGAAAGCUAGGCAUCGUAAUUCAUGGGGGGGUGGGGGCGCAGGCUCUGUAUAAAGCUGGGCACGGUGAUGCAUGGCGUGUGAGGGCAGGCUCUGUAUAAAGCUAGGCAUCGUAAUUCGUGGGGGGGCAGGCUCUGUGGAAAACUGGGCAUGGUGAUACCUGACAACUGUCUAACUGGAAUCUGGCCUAUGGGUCUGCUCUGAAUAAAACUGUAAUGAGGUGCCAACUGUACCUGCCUGGGCAUAUCCUCCAUACCUGCUCUAUUCUAGGUCAACAAUAUGAAAUAUCCUGCAAAUGCCUGCCUCCUCCUAGCCUACCUGUGGUGGUGCCUGCCUCCUCCUAGCCUACCUGUGGUGGUGCCUGCCUCCUCCUAGCCUACCUGUGGUAAUACCUGUCUCAUGAGCCCGUAUCCUGAUCCUUGAUCGUAAAACAGAUACCUAUUCGUCAUAAUAAAAGCUGCAAGACCUGCGCACUUUGACCAAAUAUAUACCACUGAAUAUAUUUUAAGAUGUAACUUCUAAUUAGGGCUUGUUUGUACGUGUCAAGUGCAAGGGGUUUAAUUCUGGGUUGUUACAACUCCUUUAUUUUUAUUCGGGGUUUUUUUUUAUUUUUUUUAAACAUACUGCUCUAUGUCAGCAAUACAUAAAUUGUGGGUAGAUAGCUAAUUAUGCGUUUAGCAGCUCUCCAGUUUUCUGUACGUCAUCACAGCAGCGGCUGCCACCAAUUGCAAUUCAGAGUGAAUGACACGGCAGAUCCUAGCUGAAAUUAUUCCAAGUAAUUAGACGUCAGGAUUUCUUAAAUGCCAGUUUGCCUUGUGGGGAAAACACAAGAAUUGUCUAUAAUUUUUAUUUUAUUUAUUUUUUAAAUCAUGCUCCUGGUAAGUUCUAAUGGAAGUUUCUUAACUCCCCCGUGUCCUGUAUCAAAAUCUGGCGCAAGGUCAUAAUUGUGUUACAGUUCUUUUUAAAAUUCUCUCCCAGAACUAACUUGGUGAUAGUUCAUGAGAAACCACUAAAAUUAUAAACUUCAGUGAUCUGAAGUGGUCAUGGUGCCUCACACUAUAUGUGCAGGUCGCUUUGAAACUCUCCAUAUACAGAGAUUGACCCCUUGGCUAUCCGAGGUGUAACUCCAUCUCCUAGCAGUGUCCUUAGCUAGCCUAGAACAAAGGUCCAGACUGGCUAGUCAGUUCUGUGCAAAAUUGGCUUCUGAUGCCAGCAUGCUGGUGCUGGACAGCCAGUGGUGGCAUAGCCCUCCUCGAUACUGACCUCUCUCCAGCGAGGGGGAGUGAUCUGGAUGGGAGCACUACAGCCCUCAAAUUGGCAAUCAUUAUUCAUAGCAAACUUCUAUUUAAAGAUCCUACUUUUUAGUCUACAAUUUGAGGCUGGGAGGCAGUGCACAGCUUUCUUAAUGAAUUGCAGUUAAAUAGCCUAAAGUGGCUAAGCUGCUACUGUAGCUGUGAUUUUCUCCAAGUGUGCUAUAUUUGCCUAAAUAUUGCUGUCUUGGAUUUCAUUUUGCUAAAAUGUUGCAUUUAGUGUUUCUAUAUAAAACAUCAAUCUCCAUUGUACAACGCUGCAGAAUAUGUUGGCUUCAUUUAUCGAUUUUUAUAUAGCCUCUGUGUAACAACAAAAAAAGCAUAAACCAGCCAUUAAACCGUUAACAUUCACCACUAAAUAUUUAUCUUUUAUCUCUGCUGACGCUUGGCAGAUGUUCCAUAUCGCAGGUUUCUUAGAAACGGGACUGACUCGGUCACUUAAUGUCACACUGUUCAUGCUAAUUAAAUUAUUAUAUGUCAUUUCUCACCCGCCUUCCCAAUAGUAAAACAAAGUUGUCGUCAGACCCACUAACAAGUAGAUUGUCUAGAAAGCAUUUCAACCUAACCACUCCUUCACCUUUUUAUAUGCGUGAUUUAUAUUGCACCAACCUAUGCUGCUGCGCUGUACAAAUAAUGUGAUUUAUUCCUGUUUGAAUAUUUAGCGGGGUCUCAUUCGGUUAUCUUGCCUGUAUUUGUUUACCAUCUAUUUACAAUGUAACCUGUGACUUCCCUGUUUGAAUGCUAUAUCCCACAAUCCCCUUCGUGUCCCUCUCCUCUCCCCCCCACCCAUUAGGUGUCAUUUUCCAGCACAGCUGGUGAUUCCUGGGCUUGUUUGUGUCGCCCCCCCCUCCCAUUAAAGAAAUGUGACCCCUUUUACAAACCCUUUCAGAGGUUUCAGCUUGUGUUUGGGAACACAAGCCAAGACCCAGGCUAAAGGCCUUUACAUAGCAUGCUGCCCCAUUUCUGUAGCACCCCCCCCUGCAAACCUAACUUAACCCUUGUUUUUUUUCCCCCCCUUCUUUCCUAGGUUUCAGCGGUUAGUUUCACCCACUCUCUGUACACAUAUCGUCUUAUGCCCAGGGUUCAAGAGUGCUGAGUAUACUGCCUGUGCAGGGGCCUGCUGCAUGCCAACGCCUAUGUUUCACUGUGUGUGUACUGCACUCCCCCUGUAUAGCACCCUGCAAGCGUCUUGCGUUACAGAUAGAAAUAGCCUGAGAAAUGCUCUGCCUGGGACCUCCAGCAGCGGCCAAAUGUCUAACUUACUGUGUACAUCGCAGCGUGGGACAGAACACUAUUUAUAUUUGUUUUUAUAUAUUUUCAUUACUCCAGUUUACGUUUUUAAAUUGACGAGUCCGUUCAUGGUUCUUGCAGUUGUGGUCACUAAGUUCUGCAGUGUUUUUUCUCUUAUUUUUAUAACCUAAUUCCUAAGACUCUAGCUAGAUCUCCCCUGCCGUUCAUAUAUAAGUCUUUCAUUAUUGAAGAAGUAGCCCUUGGUGUGCACAGCGCUGAUUGGCUGUAGUAUGCACCAAUAACAUAAGCUGUGAGUCCGCAUGGCAUGUACAAUGGAGUGAAUCUUCACUGGUAAAUGUCUUCUUCUUAUUUUUAUUUUUUUUAGGGACAAUUUCAGUUUUUUUGGCUCACAUUACACCCCUUCGUAACAUGUGACAUGUCUAAAAAUAAAAAAAAUCUUGGUGUAAUGGGAGUGAUUCCAGUGACUUUGUCAUUAUGGGCUUAAAAAGCAAAAGUUUAAACUGUUGUGUCCCUUUUUUAAUAGGGAAUGUCAUGUUUCAGGUAAAAGUAUGUCUGAUUCCAGGCCAUACAAUCAGCUGUUGCAUGUCUGUAAUUCUUUAACCUUGUACUGUGCAGUAUUUAUCUUGUCUUGCUGUUAAAGGUCAGAUCUGUUCAUUGAGUGCAUAACAAACAAGUUUUAGCAAUUUAUUCCUUUUGGCAACAUAUUUUAUUUAUUUUUAACCACUUUUAAUCUUGUCCAUGAACACGGCACAUUUAAGAGUGAAUAGCCCCGGGGUAUUUACUGUCUGAACCAGUGAUAGGAGGGAGUCUAUCUGAUGUGCCACUUUAAUGUACUGUACAGAAUUAGGGAAGUGGAAGCAGACGUGUCCCUUUUUAUAAUAUAGUCAAAGUUGGAAGCGCACUCUGCCCCUCACUAUGGAUUCCAGGGAGCUUCUUGGAAAGUCCUAGUACCCAAAUAGGACCAAUGAUAGACAAUUGUAGAAAUAAUCCAGGCACUCCAAUAGAUUCCAAAUUUCAAGGCAAUUUAUUCCUAACAGGGCUGAAACGUUGCUUUGUAGUUCCUGGUUCGAAUAAAUUGCCUUGAAAUUUGGAAUCUAUUGGAGUGCCUGGAUUAUUUCUACAAGUGUCCCUUUUUAUAGGCAGACCGUUUCCUACUUCGUUUUAGUAUUACUCUUUAGAUGUGAACCAGUUCCUGGUGGGAGUUUAGCCCCUGAGCCUGGACCCCAUACUGCAUAAAAAUGGAAAGUGGAGGAGCCCCCGUAGUCUUAGAUUUAAUUGGGGUUAGGAGUUUAUUUCCUAAACCAUGUAUAUAACUAGUAAGCUCACCCUAAACAAGUAUUGUCUAACUAUUGUUGGACUAGAAGUCCCAGAAUCCUCUGCUUGUUUUUGUAUUGUAGAUAAUUCUGGCUAUUGUAGUCCAUGUAGUCCAGCAGCGGAAGGUGGGUUGUAGUUUCGUCACACCUUUUAUUAUUUUUUUAUUUUAAAUUAGUGCAGUAAUCCCUCUGUUUCUGGUGUGUGGUGUGUGUUGCUGACACAGGUCCCCCCUAACUGUAAAGUCCCCCUCAAAGGAUGUUUCCAGAUGAGGGUGUCUCUGCAUGCAUCACUUUGUGAGAAUCUGUCUGUAUGUUUGCUCUGGUACAUUUCCUCCGAUUAUCAUGAAUUUUUUUUUUUUUUUUUAACCUGUUUUUGUUUUUUCCUCACCAGUUCCUGCGCGUUACAAAGCAGUAUCUCCCGCACGUUGCUCGCCUCUGUCUUAUCAGCACCUUCUUGGAAGAUGGCAUCCGAAUGUGGUUUCAGUGGAGCGAGCAGAGAGACUACAUUGAGGCUACGUGGAACUGCGGCUACGUGUUGGCGUCCAUCUUCGUCCUCAUCAACCUUCUCGGACAACUAGGUUAGACUUUCUGUGAUUCUUACCCUCAAUCCUUUUCUGACAUUUCAGUUUGCAGGUUGGAAGGUUCUAUCUAUUGUAAAAUAAAAACUUGAUUUGAAAAAUGGUGCAUGUGGCGUGCCACGUAUCCAAGCAGUUGGGUGCAUGCUGGGAAUUCUGGGAUAUUACUGUAACAGUGUGUUUGUGGUUUGUCCACAAGCCUCCCCAUACUUCUUUCAGGCUCUGUCGUAUCUUGUUGUCUAGCUCCAUUUGUGGAAACCCAUGAAUGUAGCGCUCUUGCCAGUUAAUGGUAGCUUGCAAUGUCCCUUUUGUAACUCCUAAGUGAAAUGAAAAUUAAACACAUUAACAAAAGAAAAAGGUGUUUUUUGAAUAAAUUCACGCGUGUACUUGGCAGCAAUAGUGAACCUGGUCAAUGAGAAUACGGAUUCUGUGAUGAGGUCUGUGCUUCCUCCAACUGGUAAUGCUGUUAUCUUCCUGGCUAUGGUUCUUUGAAGAGCUUAUUAAUUGUCUCUCGUCAUUUUAAAUAUUAAAUUUUUUUUUUUUGGGAACAAUAAGUAACACUAUUUCGUUUGCGGUGUGUUGCAGGUGGCUGUAUUCUGGUCCUCAGUAGGAAUUUUGUACAAUAUGCUUGUUUCGGGUUGUUUGGGAUUAUUGCCAUGCAGGUAAGUACACAGAAUUUGGUAAAUUGGUGUAUUAACUUACCGUAUUUUUCGCUCCAUAAGACGCACCUCACCAUAAGACGCACCUAGUUUUUAGAGGAGGAAACCCAGAAAAAAAAAUAUUCUGAACAAACUGUUCCAUAGUGUUUCUUACCAUGGGACAGUUUGUUCAGAAUAUUUUUUUUUCUCCCCUGUCCCAUAAUGAUCUUUAACCCUUCCUCCCCUUGUCCCUUAGUGUUCUGAUCCCAUAGUGUCUCCCCAUCCCCUUGUCCCAUAGUGUCUCCCCCUCCCUUUCUCCCAUAAUUACUUACCUGUCUUGGAGCGUGGGCCGGCUUCACAGCGCGCUCCGCGGUCCAGGAACUUCUAUUUCAGGUUCCGGUUUCCGGCGGGACUGAAAGGAAGUGUGCACUUCUUUUCAGUCCCACCGGAACCUGAAAUAGAAGUUCCUGGACCGUGGAGCGCGAUGUGAAGCCGGCCCACGCUCCAAGACAGGUAAGUAAAGCUUCACAUUCGCUCCAUAAGACGCACAGACAUUUCCCCUCACUUUUGAGGGGGAAAAAAGUGCGUCUUAUGGAGCGAAAAAUACGGUAAUCCUGGUUUGUAUCCUGUUAAUGAAAUUGUGUAGCUUGUGUUAAAACAAAGGUGUUUAUGUUUUGAAUAUCUCAUUGGUUAUGUCACCCUGAAGCCAUUUAAAUUUUACAAGGCUACUUAAAAUCGCCUAUCUCAGCCAUAACGUGUUAAGCCCACGCUGAAACCCACGUCAAAAAUUAGGGUGAAGUCAGCUGGUAUUUUAAAUGAGAAUCAAAAAUCCAUAUUAACUGUGUACAAAUUCAAUAUUUCAACCCGUUUUGAUCUUUUUCAAGAUCAACCUGUCCAAUCUAGAUCAGAGGUCAGGAACUUAAACCAGAUGGUGUUAUAUCUCUACAGCUAAUCGCUAUUUCAGCUGCUGGUUUUUAAAAUGACGAUCAGUUCUACAAGUAACUCCUGCUUGUCUCCCGGCAGAACGGGUCAUUUAUGUUGUGGUUCUGCUAGAAAUUAGGUAAUCCGUGCGUUGUACCGCAUUCGUUACAUGGCGGUUUGUAUUUUUAGUUUAGGGUUUUAUUAUUUUUUUUUAUUUAUUUUUUAUGUUAGAAAUUGUAAGGAUCCGUAUAACAGUGAUACAUUUUCAGUAUGUUCCUCAGGAAUCCUUCUUACACCGAAUGAAUGAAAAAUUAUUUAUUUUUUUUGCUUGCUCACAUGCUUGGGUCAUCUGUCGGCGUCUGGUGAAUUUGCAGAAAGGCUCCCCACCUGCUCACAUGCUUGGGUCAUGCACAUCUUUAAUUUAUUCUUCAUUCUUUAACAAUGUUAAUGGAUGAACACAUUAUUAAAUACCUUUUUAAUACUAAUGGCGCAACUAAAACAAGGAACUCCAAAAUUCACGUAUAAGCACUGAUUAUAAAAUGUCUCAUAUCUCUAUAACCAGUUAUCUACCCUGCAUUACACUAUCCCUAACAUUAAACCUUGCAUGAUUAUACCUAACUCCCUCUGAUUCCUUCUGCUAAUUUCAGUACUGAUGACAGUUGAGUGGUCUGUGACUGCCAUCUAGUGGCUGUUUUUUUACCAUGACGGGGAGGUUUCUUUCUCAUGUUCAUGUUGGCUUAGUAUCCUAGAGCAUACAUCCCAACCCAGUCCUCAAGUACCCCCUACCAGCCCAGGAUUUAGGGAUUGCCCAGUCGUGUCUUUGUUUUUAGCAAGGGGGGCUAGAGGGGAACACUCUAAACACAACAGGGUAAUCCCUAAAUCCUGGAUUGGUAGGGGGCACUUGAGGACUGGGUUGGGAACCCCUGUCUUAAAGGAUAAAAUGAUGCAUGGGAGCUUUGUGAAUUCUUGUUCUAAAUAACUGUAUUGACUAAUAUUUAGCAUGUUUUAUUUUGCAGACUAUCGCAUACAGCAUCUUGUGGGACUUGAAAUUUCUAAUGAGGUAACUGUAUAUAUGUGAGCUGGGAUUGGUUCUGGCUCAAAAUUAAAGCGGCAAUGUCAGCGUCUGGUGAAUUUGCAGAAAGGGUGGGAGGGGGCAGAUAAAGGUGAUUUCUACUCCUCUUAUCCUAUCCUUUGGCGGAAAGAGCCAAUUCCCUGCAGUCAUUAUUGGUGAUGGCGUCAAGGAGUGUUAGCCGGGAGAAUAUAUACUGAGACAAAGCAGUUUUAAUGAAAGUAGUUUCUACAUUGUUUCAGUAUAUCUCUUGACUGGGUUUAAAUUUCAGUGAAACUCCACCACAUUCAAUGAGUACUUCCUAAAGAUUUUAUAUGUAUUAAAUACUAAUUUUUCGGGGGGGUUACAGUACAAUUUUAAAGAGACGUUCCAGGUACCAUGAUGAUUUAAUAAAAUUUAUAUAUUUCCCCCUUUUUUUUUUUUUUUUUUUUUAUCACACCUGUGGGUCGACUGUGUCCUCCGGCUUUCAGUUGAUUAUCAUCCUCCACCCCCUGCCAAAUAUAACCAUCAUUUAUUUAAAAAAUUUAAAAGUGAUUGGCUACAUAAUUAAUAGAUUUCAGUAAUAAAUGGGGGGAGGGAAAAUGUUUGUUUAAUUGCAAGGGGUUAAUUGUGCCAGUAUGAGUUGAAUGGCAAAACCAUGAUCUUGGUUAAGGAAUGUAACUGUCCAGGCUCCUAUUGGUUGCCUGUGGGCUAGGGACAUUUGUGGUCAUCGUCUAGCCUCCAUACGUUUCCAGUGUCUGUACACUUACAAGUUUGAUGUGAGCUAAUUUUCUCUGCUGUUCUGUGUCUAGGAACCUGGCACUUGGAGGAGGUCUCCUGCUACUUCUGGCAGAGUCUCGGUCGGAAGGAAAAAGCAUGUUUGCUGGGGUCCCCACCAUGGGGGAAAGCUCCCCCAAACAAUACAUGCAGCUUGGUGGGCGCGUGCUGCUCGUUCUCAUGUUUAUGACUCUCCUUCAUUUCGACACCAGCUUCGUUUCAGUAAGUUCUGCUUUCUCCACCUGUCUGCUAGGAUCUUCUGAUACAAGUUGCUGGCUAAAUCGCCUAUUUCUUCCUCACUUAUACUGGAUCCUGUCUCCCAGAUUGAUGCAAGCUCUGAGAACAAUUCCUAUUGUGACUUAUGAAAUGUUGGAAAAGGAAUUGCACAUUAAAAAUGGAAAAUUGACCAGUAGUGGACCUGGAGCCAUUAUACAACUUCAGAUUUAUAUGUGGAGUUCCCUUAUCAAUUCGUCAUAAUAUCCAGUAUAUUGUCUAAAUUAAUGUUAUUGGGAAAAGUUUUAACAAGCAUUAACAAUAUAUAUUGGCAGUCUGUAAAGUGCACUGCCAACUAAGAAAAAGCACCAAUUCUAAAUGAACUGCUCCUUCCCUUAUCUAAAAUACAGAGAUUAUGUAGCAAUACAACUAACUUGGUUAAAAUACACUCUAUAUGCAUAGAUUGCAGAUUGUUUAGUUUUCUAUUUGAAAACGUGCUCUGAAAUAUAAACUCUGCUCAUGUUUUUAAACAUUCAGGUCACUCUUGAAACCUUGUGACCUAUAUUUAAAAAAAAAAAAAAAUGCUGUUAUUUUGUACUUUGGAGGACUUUAUUACCUCCAGAACUAUCCAGGUUUAAAGGGACUGUUCCAGCAGUAGACCAAUAACUUUGUACCAACCAAUAAUGGUAAAAACAUGCUGAUUUAACAUGUUUUGCCUGGUUGGUGCAAACAAAAACAAACUCCCAAUCCUCCGCUUGCAGCCUAACCUACCUCUCCGCACUACCAGUGUUUUCACAUUAAAUAGGAUUUCACUAAUAAACCACUGACCGCUGCCAGUCAACGUGCAUAAACUGCUGUCUAUUUUUACAAAGUGAUGUUAAUUUCUGAUAGUUAUUGUACAAGGAAUUAUUAACUUGUGUGAGUGUUCUUUCAUUCUCCAUUGAAAGCAAUGAGACUAGAGAUUGGCUGACAGAUAUCAGCCAGAUCCCAGUGUCUACUAGGAUCAGAGCCCGGUUAUUCUAUUGCUCACAGUGAAAGGUUUUGUUUAAAGAUUAAAUGUGUAUCUAUUUAUGACCGUAUAUUUUUAAAAUGUCUCUCUAGCUUCACUUCUGGUUUUAAUGAAAGCACAGUGGCCUCUAGUGGUGUACCUUUGGAUGUCGGAUACAUCCAAACCAUUCUUUAUCACAAGUAACUGACUGUCCGUCUUUCACCCUUCAGAUUCUGCAGAACAUUGUUGGUACAGCCUUGAUCAUCUUGGUGGCAAUUGGCUUCAAGACGAAGUUAGCUGCUCUUACCCUGGUCGUCUGGCUGUUUGCCAUCAACGUCUACUUCAAUGCCUUCUGGACCAUCCCAGCAUACAAACCUAUGCACGAUUUCCUAAAGUACGAUUUCUUCCAGACCAUGUCUGUGAUUGGUGGCCUGCUGUUGGUGGUUGCCUUAGGUCCUGGUGGAGUCUCCAUGGAUGAGAAGAAGAAAGAGUGGUAGUUCUGUCUCCCUCAGCAACAUCGCAACCUUGUAACUUGUAGAACGUCUUGGAUGAAAAGCAGAAUCCUGGUGAAACAUCACCCCUCCUGCUCCUAUGUUGCAUCAUCUCGAAUCGGAUUGCGUCUCCGGUUUUUACAAUGCCAUAUCUGUAAUCCUUUUUGUAGUACUGUUCAGAUUGAAUUGACUGGUUUCCAGUGGCUGCAUUAAGUGGAAGUUGUUCUGGAGAUGCUUUUGUUCCAGUAUAAAAUGCAGUAUGUUUGGGGCUGUAAGAGGGUUUUAGUAUUUGGGGUGUUUGACCUUCACCAUGAUGCCCGCCCCCCCAUCGCCCCCAACCCCUCUGGUUUCAUAUAUGCUAAUUUCAACUUUCAGGGCAGGAGGACUGUACGCAAUCUCUGUGAAUCUCCUCAGGUCCUGAAAGUUGACUUUGUUGAAUGGACCAGAGAAAGAUUUGUGCUGUAAUAGAAUGGGUAAAUACAGUUGUAUUAUUAUUUUUCCCCUACACAGCACCAAGUCCUAUUAUUCUGGCAUUAUAGUUAGAACUCUGUGAGGUCGACUGACUAUGUCGUGUAUUGCAUAACCUCCAUGUCAGUGGGUGUCACUGACCAAUAAGUGGAGCAAAGAAUUUCCUCAAGUUCAGCUUCAGAUGCACCCCUUUAAUGGUGGGAGUCAUGCUGUGAAUUGGGAUUCUCCUGUAAUAAUCAAUUUUAGGCUUCUCUAUAAGUUAAAGGAAACCCACUUUGCCAACGCAUCGUGGACAGCAGUUUAAAAGGUUGUUUUUAAAAAGUUUCUCACGUCAGACAUUACAGAGAGUCUCUGUAAGAUGAACCGUGUUUACAUAGCGCACAGUAAGAUAUAAGCAGUUUUUACUCUCCCAACCAGUCUCUUCUUUUACAGUAAUUAACACUUGGAUCAUGUUUUUGUGUUUUUUAUUUUUUUUUGUUUGGUUUUUUUUUUUUUUAAAUAAAUAUGCUCACCUUACAUCAUCUUUUGAAAUCACAGGAUAAAAUAAAGUUUAUGGAGAGUUUUUUCUUUCAUUCAAUAUAUUUCCCUUACCGACAGAAUGACAUCUAUAUCUAGUAAAAAAAUUGCAAUCCUCUAAAUCAGCGUUUCCCAAUUGGUGUUCCGCUGCAAUUUCGGGAAACAAAAUGGCUGCCGCUGAUAACUGAGACGGGCGGCGAGGGAGCACCCUCGCGUGCACCGCAGUGAUGUCCGAGCCGGAAUAUGUCGUCACUCAGGCCCUGGCAUCACUAAGAGGCGCGCAAGGGAGUUGAGCAGGAAGAUCACUGCUCCCUUGCCGCCAGCUGCUCAGCCCACUGGACCCCAGGGAAAUAGAGACUCUAUGUCAGCACUCCCAAAGGUAGGGAGGCUUGGUGGAGUGAAAUUAAAAAUAAAUAGUGUGUGUCUGUUAAGGAGUUUGUAUAUGUGUAUGUCAGUGAGCGUGCAUCUGUGAUUGUCAGUGUGUGUUUGUCACAGAGUGUAUGUCUGCAUGUCACUUAAAGUGUAUCUGUGUGUCAAGGUGUGUGUGUAUAUAUGAAUGUAUGUGUCAAUGGUUUUAUAUGUGUGUUAAUUUGUUUGUGUAUGUAUGUACGUACAUCAAUCAUAUGUGCAUACAUCCCAGCAAUCAAACACCAACACGACAAGCAAACACACUCCUACAAACACUAUACAAAAACCUCUGGAUUCAAAUUUAUAUACAAAUUAUCUUCACUCAAACACAAAUACUACACACAAAUGUACAUUGCAUUUAAAAGCGACCGCUACAUCCAAGCACACCCCUGCACGCAAAUGCAAACAUUACAUACAAACGCACCCCUAUAUCAAAACGCUAACAUUAUAUACAAACAGCAACUGUACACACAAAAGCACACCUGCUCCUAAGCACUACUAUCCGUUUACUAUCUGCGCUAUGGCGCCAACAUUUUUUGGGGGGUUCCAUGUUGUUAGUGCAAAUAUGUCAAAGGGUUCCAUGGGAAAAAUUAAUUAGGAACCCCUGCUCUAAAUAAAUUGAGGUAACUAACAAUAUUUCUGAAUAUUACACAGAUGACUUUAGAGGCCUAGGGUGGGUGUCAAUAUUUGAUGUGAGCCGCACAUAACUCACGUAAAGUGAAUCUUUUGGUGGUCAUUUCAUAUUUCACAAGAUCACUGAAAGUGACAGAUCUGGCGGCCGCAUGGUGCAUGUGAGUUAGGUUUUGCUUACUUCAAACUGCCCGUCGUGGCCUCUGCCAUCUUCAUGCAGUCUUCUUCGGCUCCCGCCACUUCAUUUGCCAGGAGCCACGUCAGUGCUAUAAUUUCAUGCAAGCGUGAUUUCAGCACGGACGUUUAUAGAGGCUCCUGGAAGACCGCGGGAGCCGCCAUAGAUCACGUCUGAAUCCCACAACCAUCAGUUGUGACAAAGGAUGAUGGUGGAACUCAGCUUUUGUCAUGCUCCGAUUUAUCGUAAGACAAACUAGUGGUGAAAUUCCAAUAUAGUCUCUUGAUCAGUAUUUUGAAAAAAAAAAAAAUCUUUAUAAAAUGCUAAAAAGUGAAACCUGCUUUAUUUAAACCGUGACUUGAAAAACGAUUUGGAAAAUUUAGUCCAAUAUAGCGAAUUUGGGGAAAAUUCUCCUAAUUGGCUAUAGUCACACCCUGGCUACUACUGCCUCAAAUUUACUAUUUUGAUUUUAUCCCACCACACAUCAGGGUUUAGUGCAGAGGCAGACAACUUUCAGCACUCCCGAUGUUGUGAAGUACAGCUCUCAUAAUACUGGCAAAGCAUCAAGGGAAAUGUAGUCCUAAACAUCUGGUGUGCCAAAGGUUGACUACACCUGGUUUGUGCAUAUAUCCAUUAAACGAGAAAUGUGAAUAUGUCUAAUAAGCAAAGGACAGAUCACUAUUAAAACUUUAUUUAUUUUUUAUUUCUAUUUUCAUCAAAGUGUUUUGUUUUUUCCCCAUUUUUUGUUUUGUUUAAAUUGUAUUUAUGUUGUAGCUUCCUUUUAGAGAGCGAUUCGUAAUAUGGUUUGUUCAUCACUGUAUUAAAAGAGCUUUUGUAAUAUUUCAACAAUUUGAGUUUCUGGUAAUUUGAUGGAGAGCACUGAUUUUGUUAUCAGCACUGAGAAGUGUGGGAUCCUGUAUCCCAUGGGAGGCCAGCCUUAGCCCUUCAGUUAUUCUGGGAUUGAAUAACCUAGCAUAUUGGGAAUUAUAGUCCAAUAACCGAAGGAGGGCUAGACAUGGACAGCCUGUUGUAUCCACCCCUAAGCAGCACAUCUCUUGAAUUAAAACAAUCUUUAUCAAAGUACAUUUCCAUCCACGUUGCUAGGACAAUGUGCUUGCUCCCUUUGGGUCUGUGUUUUUAAGGCUUGAUGAUAAUUCUAUUUUUAGUUGUUUUGGUCAGGACCUGGAAAUAUAAAUUAGGUUUUUAUCUUUCUUGAAAAUAUAAUCGUUCUUGUUGUUGAUAUUUUUGCUGGUCUUUCUUUGUUUUUCGAAUAUUUCUUUUUUCCCCCUCUACCCUAAUCCACUUAACAAAAUAUAGUCCUUAUCAUUCAGCCCAUGCCAACCACAAAUUGUGGCAGAUUACAUUUUUUUAAAAUUAUUAAUAAACAUAUAUUUAAUCUCCUAGUCCAAAAUAACCAAGUAGAACGAAUGGCUAAAUUGGAGAUUUUGUUUUACAUUUUUGGAUGGAGAAAAAUUCUUAUUGACUUUCUCCAUAUUUUCUGGUUUUGUGAAUAAAUUCUCAUAUUUUCAUCCAAGUCGCGUGGUGGUGGUUUGUUUGUUUUUUGGUUAAAGAUCACGUGGGAUAUGGGCUGCUAGAAUCUGCUUUAGACACCAUUUGACCAAUUUUUAUAACGGAUAGUGGCUGUAAUCUUUUGUUGCAUUCCCCCCCCCCCCUCCCCUUUACUAUUUUGCAUACCAUUUCUAAAUUGAUCAUUUCCAGUCCUUAAAGGGACACUAUAGUCACCCAGACCACUUUAGUUCAAUGAAGUGGUCUGGGUGCCGGGUUCCUCAGGUUUUAACCCUUCAG